CCCUAAUUUCAAAACCCUUCCAUUCCAUGGUUCCAUCCGCCUCCGCCUGAGCAUACUUGAUUCCCACGCGCCGCCCCAUAUAGCCACCGUACCUAUGCCGGAACGAGGAGAAGAAACACUUGUGACGCCCGGAGAAGUGCUCGGGAAGCUCUCGGAGCUGAAAGCCGGGAAGGGGGCUUACGUUUCGCCCCACGAUAAAACCGUCUACGCCGCCCUCACUGGAUUUCGAUCCAUUGUUCCUCCUCCUGUUGAUUCCGAUGACCUGAGGCCGACGGUGGAGGUUGAAGGUCACAAGGCCCAUGGUCCAGUUCCCGAGCCCGGAGCCAUUGUUAUUGCUAGAGUUACAAAAGUGAUGGCAAAAAUGGCCUCGGCUGAUAUAAUGUGUGUUGGACCAAAGUCUGUUAAAGAAAAGUUCACUGGCAUAAUUAGGCAGCAAGAUGUACGAGCAACAGAGAUUGACAAAGUCGAUAUGCACGCAUCCUUCCGCCCUGGUGACAUUGUUAGAGCUUUGGUUUUAUCCUUAGGUGACGCCCGGGCUUAUCAUUUAUCAACUGCCAGAAAUGAACUCGGUGUUGUUUCUGCGGGGAGUGCAGCUGGCGCCACGAUGGUUCCCAUUAGCUGGACGGAGAUGCAAUGUCCGGUAACCGGACUAGUUGAGCUGAGAAAAGUUGCUAAGGCUGGAGCCUGAGGGAUGCGCGCAGAAGCCGGCAUUGCGACUCAAGACUCCGGAGACAUAUAUUUUGUGUCCUAAAUGCUCCAUUUAUCUGAGUUAAGGUUUGAUCUUAGAAGAUGGCCGUUUUUGAGGUUAGUAAGGAGUUCAUUCGUGGCUGUUGUAUUUAGUUCGAAAUGUCGCUGUAUUACAUGAUUUUGAUUUUAGAAAGGAAUUAUACAUGUGGA